AUGGAGAAAGAAAAGGCGCGAAAACCCAUCUCUCUUCCUUCACUCAAUACUCUUCUGCUUGUUGGCUUCGUCUUUCACCUCAUCUUCAUAUACUCUGUAUUUGAUUGCUACUUCACAAGCCCGGUGGUGCAUGGAAUGCAGGCAUUUAACGUAAGUGUGAAUGAUGAAAGGCUUAGCAAGAGAGUUGUACUAAUAUCCGCCGAUGGUCUACGCGCAGAUUUACUUUUCGAGUCAAACGGGUUUCGUGGAGCACUACCCUCCAACGAUACGGAAGGAAUUGACGUCGUCGCGCCUUACCUGCACUCAAUAAUUUCCAACCGAGGCGCGUACGGUGUUUCUCACACGCGUGUACCAACAGAGAGUCGGCCGGGGCACGUAGCCAUUAUAGCCGGGAUGUAUGAAGACGUAUCAGCAGUAACGAAGGGAUGGAAGGUAAACCCGGUCGAGUUUGAUUCAGUCUUCAACCGGAGCAGUGGAACUUGGGCCUUUGGGAGUCCAGAUAUUGUACCGAUGUUCACGAAGAGCGCGGAAGGACGAGUGAGCGAGUGGUGCUACGAUGAGAGUGAGGAGGACUUCACAAAAGAUGCUACUGCCCUUGACUUUUGGGUUCUUGAACGUCUCCGAGAGCUCUUACGCGACAACUCAUUCUCAGAAUCACUUCACCAAUCAGGCGUUGUUUUCUUCCUGCACCUUCUGGGUCUUGACACCACCGGCCACUCAUAUCGUCCCUUCUCAAGAGAAUACAUGCACAACAUUCAAGUCGUUGAUCGUAUCGUUCGCGAAGUGGAAGCUAUGGUCGAAGAAUUUUAUGGCCACGAUGGGGAUACGAGUUUUGUGUUUACCGCUGACCAUGGAAUGAGUGUCAUUGGGAAUCAUGGGGACGGCCAUCCGGAUAACACUCGGACUCCGUAUAUCGUCUGGGGCAAAGGCCUACGCGGUCCUCUAGCUGACGCUGGUUUUUCCUCGCACGACGCGUACUCGGAAGGAUGGGAAUUCCGCUCCAGUUCGAACGAGCUUUUAUAUCGCCGCGAUAUCGACCAAGCAGAUCUUGCUCCUCUCAUGACAGCCCUCCUCGGGAUUAACUGGCCAGUGAAUAGUGUAGGAGUCGUGCCUGUUGAUUUACUGAACCCUUCCGAAACAACUGGAGUCGAUUCAAAAGUUCGUGGAGAUGGAACCAAACAAGAUGGAGAGUGGUUCAAAGCCCAAGUCAAGUUUGUCAAUGCAAAAGUGAUAUUGGAACAGUAUCGUGUAAAGCAUGAAUUGAAACAAACUCACAAACUAUUUUACACACCCUUUCCUUCUCUUUCGGGUGACCGGUAUAUACGCGAACUUGACAUGCUCGAAGAAUAUAUCUUCAGCAAUUCUUCAGAGUUCUCGAUUCAUGAAAAAGUCAAUCAUCAUUCCGAUCGCCUCAUCGCUGAUGCUCUCGCAGGACUUCACUACCUCCAGACGUACGAGCGGACUCUGAUUCGUGCUAUGGUGAGCAUGGCGUAUACGGGCUGGGCCGCGUGGGCGGGUUCUCGGGUUUUCUUUCCCUUGUCAUCAAAGCGAGUCGGAAGCCACAAUAUAGCCACUGUAGCGAUACAGUUUCUCAGUCUAGCCGUACUUUUCGGCAUGAGCGGGAUGUUCUGGAUGGAACGUGCACCAUGGACCUAUUAUCUGUAUCUGGGGUUCCCCGUCUUUUUCUGGAAUCGGGUCAUUUCCACUCUGGUCACCACAAUCACGGCGAAUCCAUUGCACGUCUCUGAUUUGCUCAGAUUGAACAGAGGCACAAUAUUCAAAACUGUAAGGAACGCGCUACUCGUCGGUUGCGCUUUAUCUUGCAUGGUGCUCGGAUAUACUCAUCGGUCCAUAUGGAGCAUCGGAUUCAUCAUUAUCGGAGUUGCGUGGCCUUUGUUGCAAUGGGAUGUGGUAUCGCGGAGGUCAUUGGGGCAGAAAACGUGGUGGUGGACAGUCUCUUGUUUAAUAGCUGCUGUAUUUCCGUUGUUGAAGGUAAACAAGGAGGAAAACUUGGGAAAUAUAAUUCUAGGGGGUCUUGCAGCGCUUCUGGUAGGUGGUAUGAUUCUGAGAGAAAUUGUCAUCCUUGUCCCACAUCACUCGGACAAAAAAGUGGUGCUCGUCCUUGUUGGAGUUCAAUCUCUUCUCAUCUUGAUUGCUCUCUUGGUGACCCGAAGCUCCGUGCUCAGUCUUCAAGCAAAAGAAGGAUUACCGAAGUGGUGCCAGGCUACAGGAUGGUCCGUACUGAUCAUUUCCCUCCUUGUUACUUUCUUACCUGUGCUGUCUAUCGAUGCGACAGCACCUGCCGCAAAACAAGUUCUAUAUUUACGCUACCUUCUCGGUCUAACCCCACUCUUCAUCAUCCUCUCACUUAGCGACGAGACCUUGUUCUUCGUGUCGUAUACGUUCGUCAUGGGCCUUUGGGCCGAAGUAGAGAGAGUUGUGAGUAGGCCGAGGAUAGUUGCUGGGGACGUAAAUGGCACUCGUAGUGGCGAAGAAAUCCUAUCAAUAUAUCGUUUCAAAGCAGACGACCUUCGUAUUGCGUUGUUUUUCCUUUUCUUUGUUCAAAUUGCGUUUUUUGGGACUGGAAAUGUGGCCUCAGUUUCAUCGUUCUACCUCUCACCGGUGUAUCGCCUCGUUCCAGUUUUCAAUCCGUUCUUCAUGAGUGGACUUUUAGUAUGCAAAAUCAUCACGCCCUACGUGAUUCUAGCCAUUGCCACAGCAGCGGUCACGCACUCCCUUGGCCUACCGCCAUUCUCCCUGUUCCUCGUAGCAUUGUGUGUUACAGACGGAAUGACAUUGAUAUUCUUCUUCAACGUUACUGAUACAGGCUCCUGGCUCGAGAUUGGCCAGACUAUAUCCUUUUUCGUCAUCACAUCUCUGCUUACGCUGUGGUCUGGUGGUAUAUGUGUGCUUGGAGAGUGGUUAAUGAGGGAUGUGCUACGAGGAAAAGGAGAGGAAGCCAUGAGCAGAGGAAAGUCAAAAACCCAGUGA